CCCCCCCCCCCCCCCCCCCCCCUCCUUAUCUCAUCUGCUCGUCCUCAAUCACACGCCCGCACACACUGCCCCAUCAAUCGAUCAAUGGCGGCUCUCGCGCAGCUGGUGUCUCACAUCUACGCUACGACCCUGAUCUUCCUCACCCUCCUCGUCCUCGAGCUCGCCGUCCUCCUCCGGUGUCUCCCCGGAACCCUCUCCCCUCUCUGCGGCGGCCGCAAGCUCCGCCGCCCCACCACCGCGGCCCAGUUCCUCGACCUCGUCGAAGCCAGAAACCCCACCAUCCAGUACUCCCGAGCGGCCUCGAAGAAGAGGGAAUGCACGGAGUGCGCGGUGUGCCUGUCGGAGUUCGAGGAGGGAGAGGAGCUGAGGCGGCUGCUCUGCGGCCACACAUUCCACAAGGGAUGCCUGGACACGUGGCUCCAGCAGCGCCUCGCCACGUGCCCGCUCUGCCGGAGCAAGGUCCUGCCCGACGACGUCGCGGCGGGGUUCCACCACCAGCAGAUGCAGAGCAGCAGCCUCCGCCCCGAGUACGACGGCAGCGACGAGGAGCUGGUCUUCCUCUUGUCCGCAAUCCACGGUAACAGCUUGCACAGAUUCUUAUAAUAAAAAAUAUAUAAUGUGAUUAUCAUAUAAUUGCCACUUAAAAAUUCCCCUUUUUUCAUGUUUUGCGGGGGAAAAUUUCUCUCUCUCUCUUUUUUUUUUUUUUUUGGGGUUUUCGAUGUAAAAUCUGUGUAAAUUAUAUAACGAUGUUGCGCCGCAUAUAUGUUACCAGUUUGUGCUCUUGGCAGCCAUUUGUGCAGCUCAGUAUGCUUCCAAUGGUGUUAGAAAAUGUGCUUAGUUUCAUGUUCUUUCAUGAACUGUUCCGAAUCCGAAAUCUCCUCAAUUCAUAGUGCAGCUCGAGAACAUUCUCCUAUGGUUUCCGGGUAAUGGUACGCAAUACAUGGGGAUUAAGGAAAAUGUUUUCGGGGUAUUAGAUGGAUCGGUCGUGCUGUCGUACAUAGUUCUGCGUGGAAUGUGUUAUUGGUUGGAGAGAUGAUGAAGCUGAACUAACCUUCCAAAUAGAGUCACGUGUGUCUUGAGUUUAUCGAGGACGAUUCCUAACGACAAGGCUACCGAUUUCAAAUGUAGUACAUA